AUGUUUUUAAAUUCAAAAAUAUAAUGUUAUUUUCUAUUAUUUUUUCAUAGAAAGUUCACUAUAAAAACUUUCUAUGCAUUUCGUUGUCAGUUUUUCAGGUGAUAAGUGCUUCCAUUAUCUAGUACUCUAUAAAAGUCUGCCACCAGAGCUAAUAGUUUGUCAGUCGUUAAACAAAAGAGCCACUGAAAACUAUAGUGCUAAAAAAUAUUAUUAUUAGCUAUUUAAGAGUUUCUAAACAGAGUUACGAGAAUAUAAGUAAGAGCUACCACAAAAAGCUCGUUAUUAAAUUUCGACGAGAGAAGAGAGAGUACUUCGGAAAUAUCCAUACGGUGAUUAUCUACCAAGUGCUUGUCAUCACACUUCUAAUUAUUUUAACCAUCAAAUUAUAUCUGUUUUGCCAUUAAAGUGCCCCGAAAAUGUUAGCAAAUAAGCAUUUCAAAGUGCUGAUCGCGCAUACUGAUGUUCCCCCCGAGGGUCUAGAAGUCCUAAAGGAGAAAUGCGAAAUCCUUCAAGUGGAAAGCGAACCACCCAACAACAGGCUCGAGAUUCUGGAGAAGAUCAAGGGCGUUCACGCUGCCAUUUGGGGCGGUCGAGAUAUCCUCAAUGCUGAAAUUUUGGAUGCCGCUGGUCCGCAAUUCAAAGCGGUAUCCACCAUGUCCUCGGGAAUCAACAAUGUCGAUGUCCCAGAGCUAAAGAAGAGGGGUAUUCCACUGGGCAGUACUCCUGCGAUGCUAACUGUGGCGGUGGCCGAUCUGGCCGUGGGAUUACUAAUCGCUGCAGCUCGUAGAUUUCAGGAGGGUCGAAGAAAGAUAGACAGUGACAAUUGGGAUAAAGACCAUCUGGACUGGCUGCUGGGACAAGACAUUCGUGGCUCCACCGUGGGAUUCUAUGGCUUUGGAGGCAUUGGCCAGGCUGUGGCCAAGCGAUUAUCCGGAUUCGAUAUCGAUCGAGUGCUCUACACCACUAGGAAUCGUGUGAGUAAGGAAAUCGAGGAGCAAUUCAACGCCAAGAAGAUCGAUUUCGAUACUCUCCUGGCGGAAAGUGAUUUUCUUGUCAUUGCAUCACCAUUGACAAAGGAAACCCAGGGCUUGUUCAAUGCCAGCGCAUUUAAUAGAAUGAAGAGAACAGCAGUGCUGAUCAACGUUGGACGAGGCAAAAUUGUCAACCAGGAUGAUCUUUAUGAUGCCCUCAAAUCAAAACGAAUAUUUGCAGCUGGCCUAGAUGUUAUGGAUCCAGAGCCUCUUCCGUCCAAAGACAAACUACUGGCUCUAGAUAAUGUUGUGGUCACUCCACAUGUGGGCUAUGCCACCAAGAGAACGCGCAUCGAUGCUGCCACUUUGGCCUCGCUCAAUGUGCUUCGAGGAUUGGCUGGUGAACCUAUGUUGUCACCCGCUUAUUAAAAAGCAA